AUGGCUUCAAACAUUUAUCCCCUCUUGUUGGACCGCAAGCGUCUUGAUCCAAUUAGCCUCACUAUGCGCCCUACCGGCUCUCGCUUUGCGCCAUCCCUCAAUACCAUGGCUGAAGAUUCAAUGGAUGUUGAGACAAAUGACGAUAAAGAGAACAAACUGACGAAGAACGCUCAAACAGGUUUCGGAAACACGAACAACUCUUCCUCCCUAUUCGGCAACAAGCCUGCUGCCUCGAACCCCUUCGGUGCCAGCACCAAUUCUGGUUCAGGAGGCCUCUUUGGUAACUCUACAAACACUGGUGGUGGCUUUGGUACUUCAACAGGUGGAUUUGGGAGUAACAACAACACAAGUGCUUUCGGGAGCAAUAACAACAAUGCCUCAUCAUCCUUUAGCUUUGGAAGCACGGCCAACAAGCCUGCAUUUGGUAACACAACGAAUUCGACCCCUCUCUUUGGGCAAGGUGGUUCUGGAACUACCAGCGGCUUUGGAUCCACCAACGCCUUUGGCUCGGGGACUGCUCUAAGCAAUCAACCAGUCCCUCCAUCUGAAGGAACCGCCUCGACGCCCUUUGCUCCACAUAUCGAGAAAGACGGCACAGGCCCUGCUAGCAGCGCAUACCAGAGCAUUGUCUUUCAGCAACCCUACCAGAAGUACUCCUUCGAAGAACUUCGGCUAGCCGACUACAACGCAGGGCGACAGUUUGGCAACAACACCGGACAAGCUGGUGGCUUUGGUAGCAAUAGCUUUGGCGGGUUUGGCGCAACCAACACUAACACUGGAGGGUUUGGUAGCAGCAACACUACCGGUGGUGGUCUCUUUGGCAACAAUACCACAUCUGCAUCCACAGGCUUUGGAACCACAACUUCUACGACUGGUUUCGGCGGUGGUGGACUUUUCGGCAACAAGCCGGCGACUGGUGGUCUGUUUGGAACCCAAUCCACCGCUUCUACAACCGGUGGACUGUUUGGCACUUCCAACAAUACCACCAACACAGGAUUUGGUACCCCAUCUGGUGGCGGUCUGUUCGGAAAUAACCAGACUCAGAACAAACCCAGCCCAUUUAGCGCUACCACAACCACUCCUUCUUUCUCAUUUGGAAACAACAACACUACUCAGACCACCCCGGCUCCUAGUGGGGGAUUAUUCGGGAACAAUCAACAGACCAACCAGAGCAGCGGUGGCUUGUUCGGAAACAACAAUCAGCAACAGAGUGGUGGAUUGUUUGGCAACAAUAAUAACCAGCAGAAACCACUAUUUGGCAACUCCACUGGUGGAUUCGGAACCCCAGCCACGCAAAACCAGGGUGGAGGCUUGUUCAACAAUUCCACACCUCAGAACAAUACUGGUGGCUUGUUUGGAAAUAACAACCAGCAGCAGAACACCAACACUGGGGGUGGUCUAUUUGGUACAAAUACGAAUACUAGUGGUGGCUUGUUUGGAGGGAACAAUGCCAACAACAACGCUCAGAAGCCUGGCGGUCUUUUUGGCACAUCAUUCGGCAAUACCAACAAUACGACCAAUACUGGUGGUGGCUUAUUCGGCAAUUCGACCGCUAAUCAACCGCAACAGUCAGGAGGACUUUUCAACAAUGCCAACAACAACACCACUUCGGGCUUUUCGUUCGGAAACUCUGCCAGCAAGCCUGCUUCUACCGGUCUAUUCAACAAUACAAGCACCAACCAGUCUGGUGGGUUAUUUGGAAACUCGUUCAACGGUCUUGGUGCAUCCCAAAAUAACCAACAGAACUCUCAGCAACAGCAGGACUUCAGAGUUUCGUCCCUUAAUGACCCUAAUCCUUAUGGACAGACCUCGAUCUGGACCGGUUUACCAGUCCCUACUCCAGACAAUUCGAAACCUAUCUUUACUCCACUAUCUGCCAGCCAGAAGCUGAAAGAAAGUCAGUCGAAACCUCCACCAAGCCUCCGACUCAAUCAGUCUCGAUACAUGACCCCUCCUCGUCGUCCAGGCUUUGGGUUCUCCUAUUCCACUUAUGGAACUCCCAACAGCGCGGCUAGUACCCCAGGUGGUGGAAGCUUGAGCAACAGCAUGUAUGGCAACCGCAGCUUCAAUGGAAGUAGCUACGGAGGCAGCAUCGGGCGCUCUUUCGGCAAGAGUGCGUCUGUCAGCAAUUUGAGAUCCCAGUUCAAUGUUGGCGACAACGACAAUGUUCUGAGCCCCAAUGCCUUCAACCCUAGCCAUACUCGAUGGUCUGGAGGUAACAUGCGUCGUUUGACUAUUGAUCGAAGCAUUCGCAAUGACCUCUUUAGCCGUCAAUCAUUGCCUGCAUUGACUGCACCAAGCCCUGAUAAGAAUGUGAAUGGUACGCCCGCUCCCAACACUACACAGAAUGAGCCUCCUGCAACAGAACCAACCAAACUGAGGAAGCGUGUAAGCUUCGAUAAGGAGACUACUGGUGGUCAGAACGGCACUUUGAAUGGCGACUCUGGCGCAUUGGUUCGGACCGAGGUCGAUGAUGAUACGCCGGAGCCCGAACCUAGAGGUCGACCUACUUCAAAUGGAGGAGUGGCACCGGAUGUUCAACAGGCGCGUGGUAACGAGCUUGCCGUAGUCCCUGAGGAUCGUGCUUCCGACCACGUCAGCCCCAAAAAGACAGCGGUGGAAGCAAAGCCAGACCCACAGCCUGGUGACUACUGGAUGAAGCCUACACGUGCUCAACUCAGCAAAUUGCCCCGAGACAAACUGCAGGAAUUCAUUGGAUUCGAGGUCGGUCGCAAAGGGUGUGGUCGUGUGACUUUCCUUGGUGCCGUUGACCUCACUACUGUCCCGCUUGAUGACCUGUACGAAAAAAUUGUCGAAAUUCGUCUUCGCUCUGUCACCGUCUAUCCUGAUGCAAGCUCCAAGCCACCUGUCGGCAAGGGCCUCAAUGUCCCGUCCAAAAUUUCUAUUGAAAAUUCUUGGCCACGCGCUCGAGGUCAACCUUCAUCUGCGACUAGUGGUCCAAUCUUCGAUAAACAUGUCAAUCGUUUGAAGAAGAUGCAGGGUACUGAGUUUGUCAGCUAUGAUGUUGCAUCUGGUGUGUGGACUUUCAAAGUUCCCCAUUACACGAGAUAUGGCUUGGAUUAUGACGACGACGAUGAUCUGAGCCGCAGUCAGCUUUCCCUUCCUCCUGAUUCUAUUGACGGUUCACAAUCUGGACAUGUUUCAGCAAUGGAAGUCGAUAGCGAGAGUGAGGAGAAUGAUGAUUACGAGGACGAUGAUGAGGAUGACACUUUCGCCUUCAAGCAAAAGAUUGUUCCAGGCGGAUUCGGCAAGCGCUCGGUAAUUGAAGACUACGAGUUGAGUGGGGCCAACGCUCAAGAACUUGAGGAUGGACCCGAAUCCGAUCUUGAAGAGGACGAAAAUGAUGACACCGAGAACGAAGUCAGUAUGGUGGGCUCUUUCCCGGCACCUGCCAUCAUUGAGAGCCCCUUCAAGCCAGUUCUAAAGGCUAGCCAUUUGGGCACACCUGGGAAGGCCUUGAUUAGCCUGGAGGGAGAUUGGGCCGAACAGUUGCAACGAACAAUCAGCCCUCGCAAACAGAACCGUGAGGCUCUCCGAGACGUGCAGAGCAAAGUCCUCCUUGAUCGUGCAUUUGAACCAAUCAAGCCACGCGCCACCAAAAAGGAUCAGCUCAACACCAGCAUUGAUAUCAUGAAUUCGUUGUUUAGCAAACACGAGGAGAGAAUGUCAAAGGGCAGGAAAGCACAGGCUGGGCCGGACUUUGAGUUCCCUUAUGCCAAACGCUCGAAGACCUUUGACGACGAGACCGAAUUGUCAGAGACAGACAAAUCGUGGCAUUCAUCUUUCAAACCCCAUUUUACUGCAACAAAUGGAUUGGUCUACAAAUCGAAUGGUGAAGGUGAUGCUUCCGACGUCGAAUGGACUAAUGAGGCGUUGAUUGUGGACGAUCGUGGGAGGAAUGUGGUGGCGUUGACUUCACUGCGUGGCAGCGCGGACCAGACCACUUCAGCCACUAUGGAUAUUGAGACCUUUCUAGCCGACGCUCAAGUCCUUGAAAUCGAUGGCAUUCCCUACGUUGAACACAAAUCUGUUCCAUUCUCUCAGUCAAGAACCCGACUCUCACAAAAGACGACUACUCAAACCGAGCUCGACAUAUAUGAGCUUGGACAUGUCCUGUUCGAUGAAUAUGAGGACGAAUUCUCUCGCGGCCUGAGCCGCCAACAACAACAAGAAUAUGUUGGUAACAUUCGAAAGGACCGCUUAUCGAAGUAUCUAUCAUCUCUGAUCUGGCGACGCCAUGGAGACCAGAUCAAAGCGUCUGAGAGAUCGUCCUCCGCGGAAGCAGCGAUUUUACACUUGACGGCGAAGAACAUCAAAGCGGCGUGCGACGUCCUUAUGAAAGAGAAGAAUUUCCAUCUCACACUCUUGGUCGCUCAGAUUGCGUCUCCUGACAACACCGUUCAACAAGACAUCACCGAACAACUCAACGCGUGGCGCGAGCAAGGCAUUAUUUCCGAAAUGAGCGAGGAGAUUCGAGCUCUGUACGAGAUCAUCGCUGGCAACACUGGAGUCUGUCAAGGCAAGCAGAAUGUCCCUACGGAAAAUCGCGCGUCGACCUUCUCGAUCUCGGAGAAAUUCAAUCUCGACUGGAUCCAGGCAUUUGCACUUUGCUUAUGGUAUGGACAGCAAAAGAGCGGCAGUAUUCAAGAUUCAGUCAAGGAGUUUCAGGAAAUGCUCACAAGCGAGGAAGAGACGGUUUCACCAAUGGAUGCCAGAGGGAAUGAAGAUCCGCUGUGGGUGCUGCUCAAAGUUUUCGCUACACAAAACAAAGGCAACGUCAGUGGACUGGAGAAGCCGGUCUUCCCGCAGGCUCUGUCAAUCUUGGCCACUCCCUGGACUUCCAAGGUCAUUUUCCGUCUACACCACGCCAUUGUAUCAUCAGUCCCUGGUGUCAAGGUGGACCAAGAUAAGGCCGAAGAACUGGCUGAGUCGCUCUCAUUCGAGUUCGGUGCGCAUGAGAAUGUUGUUGGAGCGGCUUAUGCUCUCCUGCAUAUCCGAGAUCCAAAUCUCCGAACCAAACAUAUUAAAGACCUCCUCAACAAACAUGCCGCGAUCCUCUCUGAGCCAUCGAAGAAUGGUACCGACACCCAAUCACGGAAGAGCCUCUUCGACACUCUCGAGCAGACUCUGAAAAUACCGUCCACGUGGCUUUAUGCGGCCAAAGCUCUGCAUGCCCGUUCUGCAAACGACUCAGCAGCCGAGCUAUCCUACCAGAUCCUCGCUGACGACCUUCCCUGCGCUCAUGAAACUCUCCUCCGCCGCGUCGCCCCCCGCCUAAUCAUCGAUGAAGACUGGACCGAACUCUCCACCAUCCUCAAGCAAUUCGGCGAGACACCAGAAGAGCACAUCGGCGCCAUCGCGUGGAGUGAAGGCGGCGGCGUCUACGAAGUCUUCGUAAAGCUAAUGGAACUCGAAUCCUCCUCAAAGAAAGCACAUUCAGACCAGAAAGCCGUGAAAGCUGAGCGUGCCGCGCUUCUCCAGAGCUUACAAACGACCUUGACCAGCUUGAACGCUAAAGACACCAAUCGCGGGCCCCUGGGCAAGGAUAAAGAGAAACUCGAGGAACGCGUCGCAUUGAGAGAGAUGGGACGGACGGUGGCUGCGAUUCUCAAGCAGGACGCGGACGGCGAGAGAUCACUUCUUGAAAAGGUAUGA